UAGCCUGUAAGGAGAGUGAGAAGGUCCAGUUUUAUUAAUUGCUAAAACAAAGAAGGAAGGGAAGAAAGAAAGAAAGGAGAGGAGCCAAAGAACUGAAAGCAGAGCCAACAAUGGCAGCACAGAUCAUGCUAUCAGUGUUGUUUGGAGGGUUUGUGUUAUUGCUAGCAUACCUGUAUGAGUCUUUGGUUUUAAAGUCAAAGAGGUUAAGAUCAAAGCUAGAGAAGCAAGGGAUCAGAGGGCCUUCUCCUUCAUCAAUUCUCUUGGGCAAUAUCCCAGACAUGAACAGAAUCAAACUCAAGGAGAUGAAGUUACGUGCAGCUAAAGAAACAAGAAGUGGUACUAUCUCAAAGGACCACCCUCUUACUAUUGUCCAUGAUUUGACGUCAACCCUUUUCCCUCAUCUGGUGGAAUGGCGAAAUGACUACGGGCCAAACUUCACCUAUUUAAGUGGAAGGAUACAGCAAUUAACUCUUACAGAUGUAGAAACGGUGAAGGAAGUUAGCCUGUGCAAAUCUUUGCACUUGGGGAGGCCUGCUUACAUAUUAUCUCAGGAUCGUAAGCCGCUGUUUGGCAAAGGCAUUCUAGCUUCCAAUGGCCCAAUUUGGUCCCACCAGAGGAAGAUUAUUGCUCCUGAGUUCUACUUUGAAAAGGUUAAGGGUAUGAUGGAUUUGAUGGUGGACUCUACAACCACACUGUUAAGAUCUUGGGAGAGCAAAAUCGAAAGUGAGGGGGGAAUUGCAGUCCUUAGAGUUGAUGACGAUAUGAGAUGCUUGUUAGCAGAUAUAAUAUCAAGAGCAUGCUUUGGAAGUAAUUAUUCAGAAGGGAAAGAAAUUUUCUUAAAGCUCAGAACUCUUCAGAGAAUCAUGUCUCAGGGAAACAUUGGGGUUCCUGGUGUAAGAUACUUGCCAACAAAAAACAACAGGGAGGCAUGGAGAUUAGAGAAAGAGAUCCACUCCAUGAUAUUAAAGGUUGCGAAGCAACGCAGUACUGAGGCUAGUCAUGAGAAGGACCUUCUGCAAAUGAUACUUGAGGGAGCCAAAAAUUAUGGUGACGCUGAUAGCCUAUUUUCAGGUAUCUCCCAGGAUAAUUUCAUAGUGGAUAAUUGCAAGAACAUAUACUUUGCUGGCCACGAAACCUCUGCUGUCACAACAUCAUGGAGCUUGAUGUUAUUAGCUGCAAAUCCAGAGUGGCAAGCUCGAGCCCGUGCUGAGGUGCUUGAAAUUUGCAGGGAUGGCGUUCCAGAUGCUGAUGCACUUCGAAGCAUGAAAACAUUGAAUAUGGUGAUUCAAGAGACAUUGCGCCUAUACCCACCGGCAGUGUUUGUUGUAAGACAAGCCUUUGAAGAUAUUGAGCUCAACAACAUUCUGAUUCCCAAAGGAACGAACAUUCAGAUUCCAGUCCCAAUGUUGCAGCAACUGCCAGAUGUCUGGGGCCCUGAUGCCCUUGAAUUCAAUCCGAAAAGAUUCGAGCAUGGAGUUCUUGGUGCUUGCAAGUUUCCUCAGGCUUAUAUACCAUUUGGAUUUGGUCCUCGGAUUUGUGUUGGGCAGCACUUAGCCAUGACAGAAAUGAAGGUGAUUCUGUCUCUUAUUUUAUCCAAGUUUUGCUUCUCGCUCUCCCCUGCAUACCAACACUGCCCAGCAUUCAGAUUGGUUAUUGAACCUGAUCAUGGACUAAAUCUCCAUGUGAGGAGAGUGACUAUGAACAUUGGCAAUUUUUACACGUGUUUCACUAUGUACAUUGAACUAAAAAAGAGGGAAGAGGUUUACUUUUUAUUUUUUCUUGUUUUACUUGUAAUCUAAAUGUAAGAUGCAAUGGGGGGAUGGUGAACUUAGUUAUUAAUUUGUUGUACCAUUUUUGGUGUAUGAAAAAUUAUGUUUUAUUGUGUAUAUCUGU